CCGUGUUGCCGACAGAGAUGCCCUUGGAUUCCCCGCCUGAGCCAUUUGAGCUGCGCUCGGGCACGACGGCAUCCCCGCGGCCCCAAAGCUCCCCACCGCCGGCCCCGGCACCUCCAGGCCGCCCCGGGCGUUGGCUCCGGCCCCGGAGCGGAGCGCCCAGCCCGUGUUCCCGGGGCUCCCCCGCUGCACCGCGCUAUGAACUGCAGCGAGGCGCGGAGGCUGCAGCCGCUGCUCGCUGCGCUCCUGCGGGAGUUCCGCCGUGGCGGUAACGGCAGCGCGACGGCGGCGGCGGCGGGGGGAGGCUCCGGCCCCGGGGGCGACGCUUCGCUCUACAUCCUCCUCAUCAUGAUCUUCUACGGCUGCCUGGCCGGGGGGCUCAUCCUGGCUUACACCCGCUCGCGGAAGCUGGAGUCCAAGCACGACCCCUACCACCUCUACAUCGAACGGGACUGGGACCGCGGAGCUCCGGGCCAGGAGGGCGGCCCCGCCGAGGGCCAGCGGCUGAUGUGAGCCAGGACCCGGCAGACAGCCCCGGGGCUCGGGAGGAGGAGGAGGAGGAGGAGGAGGAAGAGGCCGUGGGGGGCUCCGAGGCCGGCCCUGCGAUAGCUCCGCUCCCGCCGCCCGCAGCUCGGCUCGCAGCUCGGGCUGCCCUCCAGCAAUUCGGGUGGAUUUGUAGUGCUUUUCGACAAUAAAAAUCCUGCAUGGCGUACGUA